CCUCUCCUUCCGCCUCGCUCGGCCACACCUGCAAGCAGUCCGCGGGGUGGGGGGGGAGUCCGCCCGGUGCUGGUGCAGACCCGCGACCACACUGCCAGAAAGCGAAAGGAACAAUCGCAGCAAUUGAGCAGCUUUUUCACAGGAUUCGGUGAUCCGCCGUCAGCUCGGACGAAUUCACCGACUGGCGUUGUCACUUCACAGCCGCAGACAGAACCUGGAUUUCGGAUAGAAAGGGAGCUCUGACCGGUGUUAACACAGACGACCAGCACAGUACUCCCGCCAUCCCGCAGAGGCCAGCAGUGAGGCAUAUGUGUCACAAUGAAGAAACACUGGAUGAGGACUGCUGCACGUUGCAGGUUUCUAUUCCUGUCUCGGACACGGAAGCAGGAAGCUAAAGGUGGAUCGAUCCAUUGUUGCAUCCAGCUUGGACAAAUAGACCUGAAUUGACUAAAAGGGGUCCAGUGUGGAUAAAGACACAAGACACAGGUGAUUUGGCACAUUUGCAACAUGGUAUCCUAUUCCCACAGCAGAGCCUCUCAAGCCACCUGGGAGAUCUCCAGCUUAACAUCCACAGUGACCCCCGGUGGACUUGCUGUUCCCACCAGUGGUAGCUGUCAGUGAAAGUGACACAGCUUGAAAGGAUUUUAAGUGGAUUCCUCUCCCUCUGUGGUGGCGGCAGCCUUAUUUACCAGGCUGGGAGCAGCAGCAGGAUGCCUGAACUGGACAACUUUCCCCCCCUGAGGGGACCGAGAGGCUCUGAAACUGGCCUCCAUGGUCCUGCUGACCCUGUUCAGAUCCAACACAGCAUCCUGGAGGAGCAAGUGGAGCUGUGGUGGUUCCGAGAACCAGGGAAGUCUCUGCUGUGCUACUGCGUCGCCGUAUUUCUAAUCCUGGGCUGCGGGCUCGGCGGCGUCGGCCUGCUCUCCACCACCACCAGCGUCUCCAGCGAAUGGCGUCUGGGUGCGGGCACGGCGCUCUGUCUGCUCGCUUUGGGGGUCCUGCUCAAACAGCUGCUCAGCUCCGCCGUGCAGGACAUGAACUGCAUCCGAAGCCGGCAGCAGAUCGACAUGCUGAAAAGCGGCGGAUUAUCCGACUUCCUUGUGGUUUUGAUCACGGGGCUGUCGCUGCUCAUUUGCGGGGGGGUUCUCCUGCAUCUGGCUCUGGUCAACCACAUGCCCAAACCGGGUCAGGCACUGAACGAUAUGUACAUCUCCGGGGUGGUGUUGCUGACUGGAGGCGGGGCUGCGGUUUUGGGCGUUGGAAUAUACUCCGUUGUGGUCAUCAUGCUGGAGAGGACACGACACGGACGAAGGUUUCUGGACCGGAUUUUGAACAUCUUCACCAUCUCGGGACACAUGGACCACCAGGCUCGUAGGGAAACCACCUCCAGUCUGGCUAAUCUCAUAUGAGACGUAACCAUCGUCACUGCCUCUUCUCAUUCUCAAAUGCCCUAAUAGAGUGAUCAUCCUUUUAGAAGAUGACGCUUGGCUUUAGUUUUCACACCAGCGGAAACCAAACGGUAGUAAAAGAAGAAUGAAUUAGUCGGAAAAAAGACAAAGACUUACACUAACCCUGAGACCCAAUUUAGUUUUUGCUUGCUGCUUGUACAAAGCCAGAAAUUGUGGUUUAUGAAACAUUCAUUUUGGAUAAAAUAACAAACCAUGUAGCAUUUUUGCAUCAACUAGAACACACUUAAAUUAGCAUUAAAGGCCUACUGAAACCCACUACUACCGACCACGCAGUCUGAUAGUUUAUAUAUCAAUGAUUAAAUAUUAACAUUGCAACACAUGCCAAUACGGCCUUUUUAGUUCACUAAAAUGCAAUUCUAAAUUUCCCGCGAAGUGUCCUGUUGAAAACGUCACGGAAUGCUGACGUGUAUGCGUGACGUCACGGACUGUUAGGAAAUAUGAGCGCUGCACACACACACAGCUAAAAGUUGUCUGCUUUAAACGCAUAAUUACACAGUAUUUUAGACAUCUAUCUGUGUUGCUGAAUCUUUUGCAAUUUGUUCAAUUAAUAAUGGAGAAGUCAAAGUAGAAAGAUGGAGUUGGGAAGCUCUAGCCUUUAGCCACACAAACACACGGUGAUUCCUUGUUUAAAAUUCCCAGAGGUGAAACUUUAUUAUGGAUCAGAGCGGUCAAGCGAACAUGGUUCCCGACCACAUGUCAACCAACAGUUUUCGGUGAGAAAAUUGUGGUAAAAAGUAGCCACUUACCGGAGAUCAGCUGAGCUUGUGCCGUCCGUACAGCUGCCUUCGACUUCUAAUAGACACUUGGCUCAAGACACCCGUAGAUACACCCUUCCGACUAUCAGGUACUAUUAAACUCACUAAAACACUAGCAACACAAUAGAAAGAUAAGGGAUUUCCCAGAAUUAUCCUAGUAAAUGUUUCUAAAAACAUCUGAAUCCGUGCCAAUGCAAUCGCGUUUUUUUAAUUUUUUAUUUUUUAGUCCGUCGCUAUCAAUAUCCUCAAACAUGAAUCUUUCAUCCUCGCUCAAAUUAAUGGGGAAAUUGUCGUUUCCUUGGUCCGAAUAGCUCUUUUUGUUGGAGGCUCCCAUUAAAAACAAUGUGAGGAUGUGAGGAGCCCUCAACGGGUGACGUCAUCGUCUGCAACUUUCGGUAGAGGCAGGGCUUUUCUGUUAGCGACCAAAAGUUGCGAACUUUAUCGUGGAUGUUCUCUACUGAAUCCUUUCAGCAAAAAUAUGGCAAUAUCGCGAAAUGAUGAAGUAUGACACAUAGAAUGGACCUGCUAUCCCCGUUUAAAUAAGAAAAUAUCAUUUCAGUAGGCCUUUAAAGUGUGAUGAAAAAAAAAAAAGUUUGCACUGAAUCCCAAUGUUCCCCCUUAACCCUUUCU